AUGAAUCAUCCGCAUAGAGAUGCUAUGAAAGAAGAAUUGAAGAGGAAAGAACUUGAACAAAAUUUGAUUUCAGCUGAGGAUAGAUUGGAUGAAGUGGGGAGGAACGAGGUGGAUCGUUCCGAGCAAAUUUGGCAGAGUGUUUUCUUCUUGAACCUCUUCAUGAUUUUUCUAUGUCCUUCAGGUGCUUUCCUCAUAACGUUCGAACAUUCGAAAGUUUAUGAUAGUUUAACGUUACUGGACAACUAUGACGACGGUUCAUUUUUCACACUGAUGCUCGUUGUAUGCAUCAUUUGCUGUAUGGUUAACAUCAUGGGAGCCUUGAUAACUUGGGUGGCUAUCAAUAAGGCGAGGAGAGGAAGAAUGAGAUACAUGAUUUAUGCUUUCGUGGCCUGGAUGGCCGCCUGCAUUAUCAUACUUGGAACUACUCUCGUACAGAUAUUUGCCCUGUUUCUUAGCUUAGCUACAAUGUUCAAGGAUGGAUUCGCAAUGAAUAUGAUGUUAUACGGAAGAGUUCCUGAAAUAGCUCAUAAAAUUCACGACUUUCAGAUUGAAGGAAAAUGUUGUGGCAGUUUCAAUUACACUGAAUGGUUUGCAAUAACUUGGUCCAACAUCAUUUCGAAGACCACGUUGAAUCUGCCUGUUAGCUGCUGCGAUCUCGGCAACUACACAAUCGACGAAUGUAUCAUGGAAUCUAGAUUCGAUAGACCUCAGGAUCUGACAGUUUCAAACAGAGGGUGUGUGAAUACAUUGGAAUGGUACUUCAAGUACAUUUUGAUCUUAAGCGUCUGCACGAUGGUCACCAUGUUUUUCAUGGAGUUUGUUAUUUUUAUGAUGUCACUCAUUAACCUGCCGAGCAUCAAGAGUUACGAAAACUUGCUGAUAGAGGAAAGAAUCAGAAUGAUGAUGAAAAGGUUGGCCGUUCACAGACAGCUAACAGGAGCCGAUGAGGAAGAAGAAAAUAAAGAUGAUCUCGCCGAUUAA